CCAGUUAGAUCAGACUUGGCUUUGAACAUUUUACAAGCCUUGAACAAUCAAGCAAACAAACUGCAAGAUUACACUAGACUAAAGUUUGACCCAUCGUAAGGACUAGAGAAAGAGUGGCCGCUUCACAAGAAGUCUGGGAUCGAGGCUAAGAUAAAUGCAUCCAUUUCCUGUUCUAUUUCCGUUUACAUUUCAACAUCCUGGUUUUGCACGAGCCUCUCCCACUCCAGUUAGAUUUACUUGUAUGUACUCGGAAAACAAGCUUUUGAACAAGCAGCAAACAAUCAAGCAAACAAACUGCAAGAUUACAAAUUACACUGGACUAAAGUUUGGCCCAUCGUAAGGACUAGAGAAAAAGUGGUGCAAGUACUGUAUAGUUGUGGAAAUGACUGAUGGCAGCCAGUCAUGUGAUACACCCCUGCACACUGCUGCAAGCCGUGGGGACUUAGAUGAGGUCAGAGAGCUGUUGAAAACAAAGCAAUAUGAAGUCAACGUCAGAAACUCACACAACCAAACAUCUCUUCAUCUUGCAUGUGCUAAUGGUCAUCUCGAUACGGUUUGGACACUAGCCAAUGACUUUGGUGCUGACAUAGGAGCUAUUGAUAAUGAUGGAAAUACACCAUUGCUCUUUGCUGCUAAGAACAAACAUGUGCAAAUAAUUAUCAUGUUGGUUCUAUUAUCACUGUAUGGUAGACACCUCUUCAACGGAGACUAUGUGCUCUGUUCCUUUAGCCGUAGUGAGAUGGAUUGUCAUCACGUUAAACUCUUUGAGGAUGUCCUCUUUGAGUAUUACAAUGAUUCUGAAGCAUUGGAGAAAACUAUGAGUCUGAUAAGUAAAUUCUUUGUUGAAUAUAUUCAAUUCAAGGAUUAUAAAGAUGAUGGCUUUAUUGCAUUGUUUGUAGCUGCAUCACUCGGUCUCAAAGACUUGAUUAAUCGACUAGUUACACAGAAUAAAGUAGACCUGAAUAUUAGGGGAUUCCAUGGCUUGUCUGUUCUCCACGGUGCCUGUUUUGGAGGACACAUCCUGCUCAUGGAGAAUCUUAUUUCAGAACAUCUUACGGACCUUUCUGUUAAGGAUACACAAGGGAACUCAGUUUUGCAUUACGCAACUUUAAAGGGGACUCCCUAUGAAUGCUAUGGUGGUCACAUAGAACUAAUAAACAAACUAGUGAUAGAAUAUGGCCUUGAUCCCUCAGAUAGAGAUGAUGAUGGAAAUACACCUCUACAUAUUGCAUCCAUUUUCGGACAUGUUGAAACGGUGAGACACCUGAUCAGUAAGCACAGUGCUGAUAUCAAUUGCACUAAUAAUAAGAACAGCACAUCAUUGAUGCUAGCAGUGGGGAAAGGUCAUGUCAAUGUUUUCGAUGCGUUAGUCAAAGAAUUUAAGAACAAUUGUCAUGUUCGAGGUUACAAAAGUCGAAAUCUAGUUCACUAUGCAUGCGAAGGUGGCCAAAUAGAACUAAUAGACAAGCUGGUGAUGGAAUAUGGCCUCGAAUCCACAGUUAGUGAUGACGAUGGAAACACACCUCUACAUAUUGCAGCCAUUUUCGGACAUAUUGAAACAGUGAGACACCUGAUCAGUAAGCACAAUGCUGAUAUUGAUUGCACUAAUAAUCAGAACAAUACUCCAUUGAAUCUAGCUGUGUUAAAUGGUCAUAUGCAUGUUUUGGAUAUGCUAAUCAAAGAAUUCAACAACAGUUGUCAUGUCCGAGGUUACAACGGUCGUGCUCUACUUCACCAAGCAUGUGAAGGUGGUCAUAUAGAACUGAUAGACAAAUUAGUGCUUGAAUAUGGCCUCAAUCCCGCAGAUAAAGAUAAUGAUGGUAACACACCUCUACAUAUUGCAGCCUCCUUUAAAGGACGUGUUGAAACAGUGAGACACCUGAUUAGCAAGCACAGUGCUGAUAUCGAUUGCACUAAUAAUCAGAACAGCACAUCAUUGAUGCUAGCAGUGGGGAAAGGUCAUGUCAAUGUUUUCGAUGCGUUAGUCAAAGAAUUUAAGAACAAUUGUCAUGUCCGAGGUUACAAAAGUCGAAAUCUAGUUCACUAUGCAUGCGAAGGUGGCCAAAUAGAACUAAUAGACAAGCUGGUGAUGGAAUAUGGCCUCGAAUCCACAGUUAGUGAUGACGAUGGAAACACACCUCUACAUAUUGCAGCCAUUUUCGGACAUGUUGAAACAGUGAGACACCUGAUCAGUAAGCACAGUGCUGAUAUCGAUUGCACUAAUAAUAAGAACAGCACAUCAUUGAUGCUAGCAGUGGGGAAAGGUCAUGUCAAUGUUUUCGAUGCGUUAGUCAAAGAAUUUAAAAACAUUUGUCAUGUCCGAGGUUACAAAAGUCGAAAUCUAGUUCACUAUGCAUGCGAAGGUGGCCAAAUAGAACUAAUAGACAAGCUGGUGAUGGAAUAUGGCCUCGAUCCCACAGUUAGUGGUGAUGAUGGAAACACACCUCUACAUAUUGCAACCUGGACAGGACAUGUUGAAACAGUGAGACACCUGAUCAGUAAGCACAAUGUUGAUAUUGAUUGCACUAAUAACCAGAACAUUACACCAUUGUGUUUAGCUGCUGUAUGUGGUCAUGAGAUUGUGAUAUAUGCUCUGAUAGAGUUUAAUUGCAGUCCACAUGUAAGAGGAUACAAUGGUCAAACUCUGCUUCAUUAUGCUUGCCAAAAGGGUCAUAUAAAACUAUUAAAUAAACUGGUAACUGAACAUAAGGUGGAUCCAUCAAUUAGAGACAACGAUGGGAACACACCUCUGCAUCUUUUGUGUCGUACACCCUAUACUGAAGAAGAGAAGCUGAGAACAAUCCUUUGCGAGCACCAGUACUGGACAGUGUUUCAAGUUAAUAAUAAUGGCAACACUCCUCUUCAAACAGCAACUGUUUACGAACAAGCUUAUUGUGCACGCUUACUAUUGCAGAAGUACAAUGCUCCACUUUUUGUGCGAAAUAAAGAUGGAAAGACAGCCUCUGAUUUAGCAAAAGCUCAGAGAAGUCAUGAAAUUGUUACAAUUUUCAAAAAUUAUAAUUCAGAAAUCCAGUCAACCUAUCAACAACUAGACAAACUUGCUAAACAAGAGUUUGAUGGUGAAAAGCACCUCACCAGAAUAUUUGUUGUAGGUCAUCCAGGUGCAGGGAAAUCCACGCUUGUUGAAACUAUCAAAAAAGAAAGUUUAAUCAGCUACUUCAGCGCAUCAACUGUUGCCCCUCACACUGCAGGGAUUGUUCCAAGUACUUAUGACAGUAGUGCUUAUGGAAGAAUGAUACUCUAUGAUUUUGCUGGUGAUUCCGAGUACUACUCCUCACAUGCUGCAAUUAUGGAGUCAAUCAACACAUCGAAAGGAAGUAAUAUAUAUUUGAUAAUUUGUGAUUUGAGUGAAGGUGAAAAAGCUGCUGUCACUAAAUACAGCUACUGGCUUUCAUUUCUAUCCUACAAUAUUAAGCAAUUCUUAAACACGAUUAUUUUACCAGUGGGAAGCCAUGCCGAUGUCAUUAAAAAAUCGCCAGUUGAACAAUCACUAUCUGUACUUGACAGUAUAUCACAAAAGUUUUGUAGCAGCUCCAAGAUUGAGGAUUUUCACAUUGAACAAAGUGUUGCUCUCGAUUGCCGUAAACAAGGGACUGUAGUGAAUGACAUAAAGGAACUCACGAAGAGAUUCUCCAAAUUAAUAUCUCCUAUCGAACUUUCCCCAGAAACAAGCACACUCCUAGGAUUGUUGAAAAAAGACUUUGAACAUGUUCCAGCUUGCAAAUUAAGCCUCCUUAUCUCUCACAUAAAAGAUACUGGAAUUCCGCUGCCACUAAAUUCUUCAUUACUAUACACUCUCAUAAGAGAGUUACAUGAUUUGGGUCUGCUCAUAGUGAUAGAGAGAGAAGGGGACUCCAUUGAGAACCACAUAAUCAUUAUCAAGAUAUCAACAUUCACAUCAGAUGUACAAAGUAAACUAUUUUCAAAGUCUGCUAAAGCUGACCUCACAAAACGCAUAGGUGAACUCAAGUUCAGCGUAGGCAUUAUUCCAGAAUCACUACUGGAGAGAGUGCUACCAGAGUACAUCACAAGAGAAAUUUUACUUAAGCUUCAGUACUGUCACGAAAUUGAGAAUUUGUAUGUGGAAGAGGACCACACUCUUUCUCAAGUAUCUCCUGGAACAGUACCAACAGAAAGUGCCACUAAAGAUCUAUUCUUCCCUGCUUUAUGUGAUCUCAAGCUUGAUGAAAUUCAAUGGCCUAAAUCCGAAGGUGGCAAGAUUACUUUGGGAUGGUAUGCUAAAUGUGAUGGUGACAGAUUUGACUUCUUCCCAACACGAUUUCUUCAUGUGCUUAUUGUUCACCUCUCUCACAACUUUGCACUAAAACAAAACCUACCCACAAGACACAGACUCUCCACUACAGCUUCCGAUUCUUUGAUUGCUGAGGUACAUGCUGCCAAUCCUCACUGUCGCGUCUGGUCGACUGGUCUGCAUUGGCUUAUGAAGAACGGGGUGGAGGUAUUUGUCGAUAUGCCUAAAGACGCUGAUAGUAAAGAACUGAUUGUAUUAGCAAGAAGUGACAUCGAAAGUCGAUUCGAAUGUUCCAAAACUCUGCAACUAGUUAUUCAAAAGGUAGUCGAAGUAAAAGUUGAAUUCUGUGAUGGUAUAGUGCCUACUGUUUACCUUCUUGAUCCGAGCAACCUCAAGGAUGAACCUUUUACAAAUGCUAGAAAUGCAUCUAAAUAUUCUCUAAGAGAUAUUGAUGAAGCAUUAGUAGAAGGUGCUGAGCGAGUCAUGGAUAAAGAAGGACAAUGUUUCUCCACUCCAACCAAAGAGGAGUCAUCAUACUGGAGGUCGCCAUUUAUAAUCAGUUUAAUGCAACCCCAAGAUGUUUGCUGUAAACCUGGAGAGGAAGUAACAUUUACUGUAUCGACAUCACCAUCUGCUACUACGUGUGUUUAUCAAUGGUAUUUUGAAAACCAAGCACUAACACUUCAAAAUCCUGACUAUAAAGGGCAAACAUCUAAACGUCUCCUAGUAUUAAAAUUCCUACCUAAACAUAAAGGUGUUUAUUGGUGUAUUAGUGAAGAUGGAUCAGGCACACAGAUCACUUCACGUCAUGCAACACUCACUGCAGAUGGAGAGAUUAUUGAAAAACAAGAAUUGCAGUACAUAGGGAAAAUCAUUGAAAAUUCUGGUAUUAACUUUGGUAAAUAUGGCCUUCAGACAGAGCACUUACUCAAUGGUGAAAGUGAUGUCACUUAUGAAGAGAUGGAGCUUCUAAUGAAUGUAAAUCCAAGUACACAAUUACAAGUGUUGUCAAUAAACUUAAAGCAGGAAAUCACAUCAAGAAUAAAAGAGGAGCAACUCUAUGCCAAAGCCAUAAAAGAGAUGGUCUCCCUUUCCUACACCAAAAUCAUUGCCCUUGGUCCAGGCCAGGUUGGAAAGUCUACUUUUAUUCGCAGAUUGUUGGGAAUUAUGAAAGGAAAUGUCCAAACGUCUCUUCUAGAAACACAGCCGCAAUCUAGUACAGGUAUUUUGGAGUCGAGAGAAGCUUGUAUUCAGUAUAGCCGAGUAACUGGUGCUAUAGCCAACAAAAAGUGGUGUGUUUUACAAGAUGAGCUGCACAGUCAACUAAGUGGUUUAAUGUCACUAAUAAGUAAGCAAUCUCAGCAAGAUCCUGAGCACGAAAUAAUGAAACCGUUAAUUAAAGAGAAAGAGUAUAUAACCCCAUUAGCAAGUUAUGUUCAAACUGUAGUAAAAGAACCAAUGAAUGUUGCUGCUGUGCGAUUGAAAGAGGAAAAGAAACAUGAUCAAGCUUUAUCUAAUCGUUCUGGAAUUCGAUCAGUGGAAUCACUGCCAGUUACUACACAAGAGCCGAGUGCUGCUAGUGAAUUGAUGCCUCGAGAAUCAGAUAUUGAUAUAACAAUUAGAGAGUUCAAAGAACUAAGAGAGGAAUGCAGACUAAACCCAGAUGGGGUAGAAUUUGAAAUGCUAUUUAAUGUAGCAGAUAUUGGUGGCCAACCAGCAUUUCUAGAGAUGCUACCAUCCUUAACUAUAGGACCAGCUCUAUACCUUGUGUUUAUGAAACUCAAACAAGGGCUAGGCUCAAGAUACACUGUGCAGUUUAAAUGCAAGGACUCAAAUGUUAGGCUUUGUAAGAAUUACUCAUACACGUCAGAAGAAGUAAUAUUUUCAGCACUUUCAAGCAUAGCAUGCUUUGGACACUCAGAUGAACAAGUGGAAAUGUAUGUUCGGAAACCAGGAUCAGGUGAUAAAAAGCGGAAAGAUUCUCUUGCGUUACUGGUAGGAACUUUUCUUGACGAGAUUGAAGAUGAUCAACUCGAAGAUAUAACCAGCCAACUCGAGAAACAGCUCGAAAACACAGCAUUUUAUAAAGAAGGUCUCAUCCAUCGCAAACGUUUCAGUUUAUUAGUGAACAAUAUGAGUGCCGAAGAUAGUGAAAUAGAAGAUCACAGAGAAAAAUUAGAAGCAAUACUCAGAAAUACAUUUCGGGAAUAUCAAAUCCCGACACAAUGGUUAAUGCUAAGUAUUUGUCUUAAGCUUCUUGCUAGAAAUCAAAACAAGUAUCAUGUUUCCUUUGAUGAUUGCGUCCUGUUGGGGAAGCAUUUCGAUAUGGAGGAAGAGAUGGUGAGUGUUGCCUUGCAAUUUCUACACAAAUACAUUGGGCUUGUCAUGUAUUUUCCUCAUCACGAGAAUCUCAAGAAAAUUGUUAUAUGUGAUCCGCAAGUUGUUUUUUUAACCAUCAGUGAACUAAUCUUCAACAUUUACGAUCACAACAAGGAUCAAGUUAGCCAAGCACAGUGUGACCACUUUGUUCAAACUGGUUGCUUUUCACCUCAAGAUAUAAUGUUAUUAAGUAAUAACGAUCUGCCUAUGAAUAAGAAACUUAUUUCUAUUGAUACAUUAGUUGAUCUAUUAGUUUACCUAAACAUUGCUGCUAAAGUACCAUUGUCUUCUUCUAAAGAGGAGUACUUUUUGCCUGCGGUUCUGCAAACUGCUGAAAUAGACAUUGUAAAAAGGAAGGGUAAAGAAAAAAACAAGGAAUUGCUUCCGGAACCAAUCUGUAUUCGAUUCAAAACAGGAUUUUUACCUUUAGGAUUUGUAUGUGCUUUAAUUGCAAAUCUUAUUGCUGAAAAUAAUUUACGUCCACUCAUUGAUGAAAGCAACAAGUUUUACAAGAACAGGAUUCAAUUUCGAUUCAAAAAUAACUUUAUUAUCUCUAUGAUUUCUUGGCCUAGGUAUUGUGAGUUUCGUGUCUCAAGGCACUCAGGCAAUAUUGAAUUUUGGAGUGAGGAUUGUUGCCCUCUUAUCAGUAAAAUUGUACGCACAGCUGCUAACAAGGUCAUUCAAUCUAUGCAGCAUGGCUUGCGUUCAAUAAGUAGAUCUAGAGAUUCUGAAAUGUAUGAAUUAGCUUUCCAGUGCCCAAGACAUCCUAAUGCAGACUAUGGACAGGAAUCUCUCGCUAAACUAGUUUAUGAUAAUUCCGACCAAGAUAUUUCUUUGAAUUUGGAUCCUAAGGAGGCUAUAUGCACAAAUCCAGAAUGUGAAACUGCUAUUGAUCCACUAACUCCCGAAAUGAUGGUUUGGUUUGGUAAAGUUCCAAGUAUCCCGCUGAGAAUUGAAAAACAACCUACUCGAAAAGAAAAUGUUAUAAGCAUAAGUGCAGAGGGAGCACGACCACUAACAUAUGAAUGGUUUUUAGGAAUGAGUAAGCUCUGUGAUGGUGAUAACCAGGGCUGUGAUUGUUGUACAACAGAAUAUCUCGUCAUUAAAGAUAGAAAACUAUUGACUGAAGGUGUAUUCAAAUGUAAAGUGAAGGACAAAUUUGGCAACUGUACUGAAUCUGAUAAUCUUGAUCUCUUCGAAGAGGAUCUUAGAAGAUGGAAUUUGCACAAAGAAGAGAUUAGCAAACUAAAAGAUAACGGAUUUAGAAGUCCUAGAGAUUUGCAAGAUGUCCAGCUUGGUGAGCUGGAGUCAAAGCUAAAGUUGAACAUGGGUGAGAGGGAAAGAUUAAAACUGUUCCUUGAGAAAAAGAAAGCUGAAUCUUCUUCACGCUCAGACCCUGUAGCCUCACAAUGUCACAAAAGAUCAUUGCGAACGUAUAAUGAAACCUCACCAAAAGUGGAUGAUGUCGCUUUGCAAGAUAUCGAAGAAGCACUCGGAGAAUGCAAUAAGCAAGUCAUGGAUAAAGAAGGACAAUGCUUCUCCACUCCAAUCAAAGAUUGGAUCAGCCCAACAAGAUGGGCCAUAUCCUACUGGAAUUUGUUUUUUCCAAUGGAUGCCGAAUUGGUUCGUUCUGCUUUGCAAGAAGUAAAGGAUGCUCAAUGGAAACUACUCGGAAUGAGUCUUCCAAUCCCCUGGAACAAAUUAGAUGACAUUGAAUCAUCAUUCCCAGAGGACAUUGCUAAGAAAGAAGAAGUAAUUCGACUGUGGAUGUCUCAAGAACCCACCUGGAUAGUGUUGGUAGACGCUCUCAGUCAAUCUGCAUAUAGAUGGUCACAGAAUUCUAGUCAAAUCUCACAGGAGCACAAUGUACCUCUACAAAAGAAAAUCCUUGAAAGCAGUUCAUCCGUCCGUCCUGACGAGGACUUUCUCCAAUCGUUUGCUGCCAUCAUUGGCUCUCGAUGGCAGUGUCUUGCUUCUCCCCUCUCCCUCACUUCUGGAGACAUUGUGAGCAUCAAGAGAGAGACAAGAGGAGCAGAGCCGACCAGACAAGCACUUGUCAUGUUGCGGAAGUGGGCAGCCAGGGAGACGGCAACUUAUGGUCAGUUGAGAGACAGACUUUGUACACUCUCAGUGUUUCAUAUCGGAGAACGUUAAUAUCAUGCAUCACAGCACAAAUAAAUGUGUAGCUACGUUAAAUUGUUGUUAUUAUUAUAGCUAGCUGUCAUAAUUAUAUAUGUCACUGUAUUUGUGUCACUGAACUUUUAGAACGCGUGCCUUUCCACUUAAUUAUACUCACUGCACUUUCAAUUUUCUACUAUCAUGCAAUACUGUAACACCACGCCGUUUAAAAAUAUUUUUGUUACCUUAAC